CAUAUAAAUACUGAGAGGCGCGCUGUUCCGGUCUCACCCAAAGGAAGUCAGUCACCUAGGCGCAACUUUAACGCCAAAGAGUCGGGGGGAACUGCUGUUAGAUAAUGGAGGGGUCGGACCAGGUGAAUGUCCCCUUUGAGGACACCGUAAACGCCAAUGGCACCCCCCAGCCAAAGAUCAUUACAAAAACCAAGAUGCCACACGGGUCCAUCGUCAGCUUCCACAACAUCCAGUACCAGGUCAAGAUAAAGAUGGGACCCCCGUGCAGAAAGAAGAGCAUCACCAAAGAGGUCUUGGUCAAUCUGAAUGGAAUCAUGAAACCAGGUUUGAAUGCAAUUUUAGGACCGACAGGAGGUGGGAAAUCCUCGUUCCUGGAUGUCCUGGCAGCCAGGAAGGACCCCUCCGGGCUCUCGGGGGAGGUGCUGAUCGAUGGGGCCCCCCAGCCACCGAACUUCAAGUGCCUCUCGGGAUAUGUGGUCCAGGAUGACGUGCUCAUGGGCACACUCACCGUAAGGGAGAACCUCCGUUUCAGUGCCGCCUUGCGGCUCUCCAACUCCGUGAGCCAGAAGGAGAAGGACGCUCGGGUGGCUGACCUCAUCAAGGAGCUGGGCCUGACCAAAGUGGCUGACUCCAAGGUAGGGACGCAGAUGAUCCGGGGAAUCUCCGGUGGGGAGAGGAAGAGAACCGCUAUUGGGAUGGAGCUCAUCAUUGAUCCCCCGGUCCUGUUCCUUGAUGAGCCAACCACUGGUCUGGAUGCCAGUACUGCAAACUCUGUCCUGCUCCUACUUAAAAGAAUGUCCAGUCUGGGAAGGACCAUAAUCUUGUCCAUCCACCAACCACGUUACUCUAUUUACCGGCUAUUUGACUCUUUGACUCUACUAGUCAGUGGCAAAUUAGUCUAUCAUGGACCAGCUCAAAGUGCUUUGGACUACUUCACUAGUAUUGGGUAUCCCUGUGAAACCCACGACAAUCCGGCCGAUUUCUUCCUGGACGUCAUCAAUGGAGAUUCCACAGCAUUCGCUUUGACCAAAAUACAGAAUAACGAAGAGUUGGACACGGAGAAGGCCAAAUUCAGACAGACCAUAGAGGAGCGUCUGGUGAGCGAGUUCCAAAACUCUGUUCACUGCCGGGACACUAAGGAGGAACUGGAGAAGAUUCUUCAAGGCAGAGAGUACAGCGGCAAGCCCAAGUCACGCACCAUCACCUACAACACCUCCUUCUUUCACCAGCUUUUCUGGGUUCUCAAGAGAGGAUACCGGAACCUCAUGCUCAAUCCCCAGACCUCCAUAGCUCAGGUUGUAGUCACCAUUAUUCUGGGCCUCAUAGUUGGAGCUAUAUUCUUUGGAGUUAAGAGCGACCAGAGCGGAAUCCAGAACAGGAUUGGAGUGCUGUUCUUCAUCACGACAAACCAGUGCUUCAGCACCCUGUCAGCAGCUGAGCUCUUUAUCACAGAGAAGAAACUCUUUGUGCACGAGUACAUUAGUGGUUAUUACCGAAUAUCUGUGUACUUCCUGUGCAAGAUCAUGUCAGACAUCAUCACCAUGCGGACCAUUCCUGCUGUCCUCUUCAGCUGCAUACUGUACUUCAUGAUAGGGCUGAAAAAGACGGCGGCGUGUUUUUUCAUCUUCAUGUUCACCGUGAUGAUGGUGGCCUGGACGGCCACAUCUAUGGCAUAUGCCAUCUCGGCUGACCAGAGCAUUGUGGCCAUGGCCAAUCUCUUCAUGACCGUGAUCUUUGUGUUCAUGAUGAUCUUCUCUGGUCUUCUGGUGAACCUUCCUAGUGUCAUGAACUGGUUGGAAUGGUUGAAGUACUUCAGUAUCCCUCGCUAUGGUCUGACAGCACUGGAAAUCAAUGAAUUUACUGGCCUGACAUUCUGUGGAAACACUACAACCCCCGCUGCUUCUGCUGCCUGCAACGUGACGGCCUCUACUAUAACGUGCACGGGCGAGCAGUUUCUGACUUACCAAGGAAUUGACUACUCAACUUGGGGACUAUGGCAGAACCACCUGGCCAUGGCAAUAAUGAUCAUCAUUUUUCUGAUCAUUACAUACUUGAAGUUACGCUUCAUUAAGAAAUUCUCAUAAAUGCGGCUGAACGUCCAUCCAUCCAUCUUCACGUUCCUCUGCUCGUAGCUGACACUGUUACUUUCAAGAAGCCGCUUCAGCAGAAGGGAUUAGCCCUUUACAAAGGUGCCACUUCUAGUUGAAAGGCUUUUAAAACAGUCUUUGUCCUUGAAUAUAUAUAAUCUUAUUAUUUAUGCAGAUUACAAUGUAUCAGUUACCACUUCCAUCUGAAAGAAAUAGGCUGUCUUUGUUAUUUUGGUAUACAUGUUUAGUUGUGAGUUUACUCACGUCUCAGUCAUAUUUAAUGACUGGAACUGCACACCUUUAUUUUGUAUAGAGGGCAUUUUGUUUUAUAAACUGUAGAUAUGGCACUUUAUAAUAAAAUCGAUCAUGAAACUCUG